AUGGUUGAAUCCGGGUUUGUUAAAGUUGUCAAGAAUAAGGCCUACUUCAAGAGAUACCAAGUGAAAUUUAGAAGACGACGCGAGGGUAAAACUGAUUACUAUGCUCGGAAACGCUUGGUAAUUCAGGAUAAAAAUAAAUACAACACACCUAAAUACAGGAUGAUAGUUCGUGUAACCAACAGAGAUAUAAUUUGCCAGAUUGCUUAUGCCCGUAUAGAAGGGGAUAUGAUAGUCUGCGCAGCCUAUGCUCAUGAACUUCCUAAGUAUGGUGUGAAAGUUGGCUUGACAAAUUAUGCUGCAGCAUAUUGUACUGGCCUGCUGCUGGCCCGCAGGCUUCUCAAUAGGUUUGGCAUGGAUAAGAUUUAUGAAGGCCAAGUGGAGGUAACUGGAGAUGAAUACAAUGUGGAAAGCAUUGAUGGCCAACCAGGUGCCUUCACCUGCUAUUUGGAUGCAGGCCUUGCCAGAACUACCACAGGAAAUAAAGUGUUUGGGGCUCUGAAGGGAGCUGUGGAUGGAGGCUUGUCUAUUCCUCAUAGUACCAAGCGAUUCCCUGGUUAUGAUUCAGAAAGCAAGGAAUUCAAUGCAGAAGUACAUCGGAAACACAUCAUGGGUCAGAAUGUUGCGGAUUAUAUGCGUUACCUAAUGGAAGAAGAUGAAGAUGCUUAUAAGAAACAGUUCUCUCAAUACAUAAAGAACAACGUAGCUCCAGACAUGAUGGAGGAGAUGUAUAAGAAAGCACAUGCUGCCAUACGAGAGAAUCCAGUCUAUGAGAAGAAGCCUAAGAAAGAUGUUAAAAAGAAGAGGUGGAAUCGCCCCAAAAUGUCUCUUGCCCAGAAGAAAGAUCGGGUAGCUCAGAAGAAAGCAAGCUUCCUCAGAGCUCAGGAGCGGGCUGCUGAUAGCUAAGCCAAUUUUCUGUGAAGAUUUUUCAGAUAAACACAAUAAAUUUAU